UGUAAUCAAAGAUGGCGGCAUUUCCGAUGUGCCUGUUUUUAUGAACUUUUGUACUUUGUUCUCUGGUGCUAAUCGUUGCGAAUACAUUCUCACUUUUCCCCCAACUCCUCUUGAAUCUGAUCGGUGACUGUUGUUUGGGUACAGCAGCGCUGCUUGUUUGUUCGGGGUGUUACAGCGCGUCGCGGUGUUUCUGACGCGUUUAUCUGGCGUCAGUUAACUGUCAGCUGUAACGGACAGGAUCAGGAGACAUUAAAGAUUUCACCAGCCCAGAAAUGAAGGAGGCUCUGUCCCUGGUUCAGAGACUGAACGCACACCCGGACUCCCGGUGCUGGUUCGUCAGUUGGAGCCCGUCUGGGACGCUGCUGGCUUCAUGCGGGGGCGAUAAGGCCAUCCGGAUAUGGGGACGAGAGGGUGACUCUUGGAUUUGUAAGAGUGUGCUUGAGGACGGACACCAGCGCACUGUGAGGAAGGUGGCAUGGUCUCCCUGUGGAAAUUAUCUGGCCUCUGCCAGCUUUGAUGCAACUACAUGCAUCUGGAAAAAGAAGAACGAUGGAUUUGAGAGUUUGACUGUGCUGGAGGGACAUGAAAACGAGGUCAAAUGUGUGGCGUGGGCCCCUUCAGGGAACCUGUUAGCAACAUGUAGCCGAGACAAGAGUGUCUGGGUCUGGGAAGUGGAUGAAGAAGACGAGUAUGAGUGCGUCACUGUUGUGAACUCCCACACACAAGAUGUCAAGCAUGUUGUGUGGCACCCAACCCUGGAGCUCAUGGCUUCAGCCAGCUACGACAACAACAUUUGUAUUUACAGGGAAGAGGAUGAUGACUGGGAGUGCCGGGCCACUUUGAAAGGACACACAUCCACAGUCUGGAGUUUGUCUUUUGAUGCGACUGGACAGAGACUGGCCUCCUGCAGCGAUGACCGCACCGUGAAGAUUUGGAAGGAGUAUCCAAAUGAAGCUGGACAAGGAGACUUGUCAUGGAAGUGUGUUUGCACUCUGUCUGGGUACCAUGGACGAACAGUGUAUGACAUCGCCUGGUGUCGGCUGACUGGUGCCUUGGUAACUGCCAGCGGUGACGACUCAGUGCGAGUGUUUAAGGAGGACGAGUCGUCUGAUCCCGACCAGCCGGUCUUCUCGCUGGCUGCUCAGGUGACCAAGGCUCACAACCAGGACGUGAACUGUGUCGCCUGGAACCCAAAGGAGGCGGGACUGCUGGCCUCCUGCAGCGAUAAUGGAGAGAUUGCCAUCUGGAGGUUCCAAGAAGAAGAAGACUGAAUGUGUGGUCGCUCACUGAACUAACAGUUACUGCAAGUUACACUGUGAACUUAGUGGUCCGGAGGUCACCACAAUAUUGCUCAUUCAACUUUCACAGCAAGAUUCUGCUUAAUAUGGUGUUUAAACAUGUCACCUUUCAUGUCUGUUUCUAAGCUGAUAAUCAUGCUUCAUUGCAUCUUGCGCUUUGAGUCUAAAUAUUUCUUUCUAAAAGCUCAAGUGGGAAUUUAUUCAUUCAUGUUUAUAUAAAUAAAUAAAACAAACAUUUUAAAAAACAA